CAGUCACCGGCGCCAGCUGCGAGUCCGCACUUCCCUUCGCGCUGGCCGGGAGAAGGAAAGAUGGUGCUGGAUCUGGAUUUGUUCCGGGUGGAUAAAGGAGGGGACCCGGCUCUCAUCCGAGAGACGCAGGAGAAACGCUUCAAGGACCCGGGGCUCGUGGAUCAGCUGGUGAAGGCAGACGGCGAGUGGCGACGAUGCAGAUUUCGGGCAGACAAUUUGAACAAGCUGAAGAACCUUUGCAGCAAAACAAUUGGAGAGAAAAUGAAGAAAAAGGAGCCAGUGGGAGAUGAUGAGUCCAUUCCAGAGAAUGCAUUAAACCUUGAUGACCUCACUGCAGACACACUAGUUAACCUGAAAGUCUCACAAAUCAAAAAAGUCAGACUCCUCAUCGAUGAAGCCAUCCUCAAGUGUGAUGCGGAGCGUGUGAAGCUGGAAGCAGAGCGGUUUGAGAACCUCAGGGAGAUCGGGAACCUUCUGCACCCCUCUGUGCCCAUCAGUAAUGACGAGGAUGCUGACAACAAAGUAGAGAGGAUUUGGGGUGAUUGUACAGUCAGGAAGAAGUACUCUCACGUGGACCUGGUGGUGAUGGUUGAUGGCUUUGAAGGCGAAAAGGGGGCCGUGGUGGCCGGCAGCCGAGGGUACUUCCUGAAGGGGGUCCUGGUGUUCCUGGAACAGGCACUCAUCCAGUACGCGCUUCGCACCUUGGGAGGCCGGGGCUACACUCCUAUUUACACCCCCUUUUUCAUGAGAAAGGAGGUCAUGCAGGAGGUGGCACAGCUCAGCCAGUUUGAUGAAGAACUUUAUAAGGUGAUCGGCAAAGGCAGUGAGAAGUCUGAUGACAACUCCUAUGAUGAGAAGUACCUGAUUGCCACCUCAGAGCAGCCCAUUGCCGCCCUCCACCGGGACGAGUGGCUCCGGCCAGAGGAUUUGCCCAUCAAGUACGCCGGCCUGUCCACCUGCUUUCGCCAGGAGGUGGGCUCCCACGGCCGCGACACCCGCGGCAUCUUCCGAGUCCAUCAGUUUGAGAAGAUUGAACAGUUUGUGUACUCGUCACCACAUGACAACAAGUCAUGGGAGAUGUUUGAAGAGAUGAUUGCGACCGCAGAGGAGUUCUACCAGUCCUUGGGGAUCCCCUACCACAUCGUGAAUAUUGUCUCAGGUUCUUUGAAUCAUGCCGCCAGUAAGAAGCUGGACCUGGAGGCCUGGUUUCCAGGCUCAGGAGCCUUCCGGGAGUUAGUCUCCUGUUCAAACUGCACAGACUACCAGGCUCGCCGGCUCCGAAUCCGCUACGGGCAAACCAAGAAGAUGAUGGACAAGAUAAAGAAUAACUCCCCUUUGCCUACUCAGAACAAGGCAGAGCUGAUGUAUUCUCUCUCCUCGCCCAGGAAGUGUGUGGAAUUUGUGCAUAUGCUCAACGCCACCAUGUGCGCCACCACGCGGACCAUCUGCGCCAUCCUGGAGAACUACCAGACAGAGAACGGCAUCCUCGUGCCCGAGAAAUUGAAGGAGUUCAUGCCUCCAGGUCUCCAAGAACUAAUCCCCUUUGUGAAGCCUGCACCCAUUGACCAGGAACCAUCAAAGAAGCAGAAGAAGCAGCAUGAGGGCAACAAAAAGAAAGGGGCAGCCAGAGAUGUCACUUUGGAAAACCGGCUGCAGAACAUGGAGGUCACCGAUUCCUGAACGGUCCCUCCGUCCGCCAGAUUUUACUCUGUCAGCUGGAGCCCAGAGCCCGCUCCCCCCAGGGAAGCCAAGCACCCACUCAUCACCAUCCCAUCUGACUUUUAGCACAGCUAAAAGGGGAGCCAUCUGCAGUGUCUACGGCAGUGUUCCCGUCUCUCCACAUGGGCAUAGGAUCCAAUCACUGAUGGCUGGGGAAACCAUGUAAUAAAGCAUCUCGGGGGGAAGACAAGGUCGCUUCCUCGGUCUCCUUCCCUGGGCUCGAACCC